CGGAUUGCCCAACUUAUUUUAAUGUAAAGCAAUGUACUCCUUGCCAAACCACUUAUUAUCAACUCAUUAUUCCCUCGGUCCCUGGCGAUCUCAAUUCCACGUUGACUUGUGAUCAUCUUAAUCGAUUUAUAAAUUUGGUCAAUGCUGAAAAUGCAACAAAACCUCUAAAGACUGAAGGGGAUUUCGCAGCAGUUAACAUAAAAUUUUGUAAAUUGAGUAAUCCUUGUCCAUCAAAUGUCUCGAUUAGUGGAUAUCAAAAGCUUCAAAAAGAUUGUGCAAAAGAGAUCGCGAGCAUUUAUCUUGUUCAAGCGUAUUUUUGGAUAUAUUAUUAUGCGGCUCCUGAUUAUCAAAAUCUUUGUUUACAGAGCUCAAUUAAAUCUG